AUGACAAAGAGAGGAGGAUACAGGGACUGGAGAUGGCGGGCUCUUUGGUGGCAUCACUUCUUUCUCCUGUGGAGUACAAUAUGCGGACAGACUCGGUACACCAUCCCGGAGGAACCUAAACAAGGAUAUGUGGUAGGAAAUCUAGCCAAAGAUCUUGGGUUAGGACUAUCAGAGAUGUAUGAGCGUAACCUGCGCGUCACAUCGGAGGCGGGUAAGCAGUAUUUCAGCGUGGAUGCGGGGAAGGGCGAGCUGGUGGUGAACGAGAGGAUAGACAGAGAGGCUUUAUGCGGACAAAGCGCCAGCUGCGUGUUGUCUCUGCAGGUCGUCAUUCAGAACCCGCUACAGUUAUAUCGGGUUGAAGUGGAAAUACAAGAUAUUAACGACAAUUCCCCGAGUUUCCCCGCUAAUGUUGUCACGUUAGAAAUAGCGGAGUCCACGGCCGCGGGGACGCGUUUUCGUUUGGAGAGUGCGCAGGACCUCGAUGUAGGGAGUAACUACGUGAGGUCGUAUAGUCUGAGUAAAGACGACUGUUUUAAUUUGAAUAUAAAAGAUGUGUCUGGAGGAAGGAAGGUUCCGGAACUAGUCUUGGCGAAACCUCUCGACCGAGAGAAAAAAGCUGUACACCAGCUUCUGUUGACGGCAUUAGACGGGGGCAAUCCGGUGCGAUCCGGAACCGCUCGGAUAACAAUAAAAGUGCUUGACAAUAAUGAUAAUUUCCCUGUAUUUGAGAAAAACCUUUAUAAAAUCUCACUGACCGAAAAUAGUGUAGAAGACACGUCCAUCGUCACGCUGAUAGCCAAGGAUAUUGAUGAAGGUCCUAAUGGCGAAGUAGAAUAUUUUUUUGGACCACACACAUCAGAUACCGCCCUGUCUGUUUUCGAUAUUGACUCCUCAUCGGGAAAGUUAACUUUAAAGGGGAGAUUAGAUUUCGAAUCAGUUCCAAGUUUUGAAUUACAUAUUAGUGCUAAAGACAAAGGAACCCCUAGAAUGGAGGGGGACUGCACUGUCCAAAUAGAGGUGGUAGAUUAUAACGACAAUGCUCCAGAGAUAGUUUUAACCUCCCAGCCUAAUCCUGUGCGUGAAGACGCGCCCACAGGCACGGUAAUAGCCUUGAUCAGUGCCCGAGACUUCGACUCCGGUGAAAACGGAAAAGUGAAGUUACAGCUCCCAAAGAGCUCUCCAUUCAGUCUGAAACCCUCCUUCUCUAAUAAUUACGCACUGGUCACCAGCGGUGGUUUAGACCGAGAGAGCUUCUCAGAGUAUAAUAUUGAGUUAACAGCAACUGAUGCAGGCUCUCCUCCCCUCAGUAGUCAGAAAACUAUUCCUGUCACCAUCAUUGAUGUGAAUGACAACCCUCCUGUAUUCUCUCAGCCCUCCUAUAAUGUUUAUAUAAAAGAGAAUACGCUACCAGGAUCAAUACUUUACUCGGUAUCAGCAUCUGAUCUGGAUUUUGGUGACAACGCCAAGAUCUCCUACUCCAUCCUGGACUCCAAAGUACAGGACGUGUCUGUGUCUUCCUAUGUUUACAUCAACUCUGACAAUGGCAGCAUCUACAGCAUGCACUCGUUUGAUUAUGAGAAACUGAAGGUGUUUCAGAUCCAGGUGCAGGCUAAAGACCAGGGCUCUCCGUCUCUGAGCAGCAACGCCACUGUCCACGUUUUUAUCCUGGACCAGAACGACAAUGCCCCCUCUGUUAUUUACCCCUCCCCCGCUGUUCUGGGGUCACUCUCUCAUCAGAGGAUGCCCCGUUCUGCUAAAGCUGGACAUCUGGUUACCAAGGUAACGGCCGUGGACGCAGACUCGGGCCAUAACGCCUGGAUCUCCUAUAAGUUGUCAGAGGCCACAGACGCCUCUCUGUUCACUGUCAGUCUUUACACAGGGGAGGUGAGGACUAAACGUGCUGUGUCCGAGCAGGACGACUCCUCUCAGAGGCUUCUCAUAGAGAUCAAGGACGACGGAGAACCGGUCCAGUCCGCCACGGUCACAGUGUCUGUUCUCAUUGAGGAUGGACUUCAUGAGCCCAUUCUGGAUCUUAGACACAAAGUCAACGAGCCCAGCAAGAAAAGUGGGAGGAUCACCCUGUACUUGAUCCUCUCUCUGGCCGGGGUGUCCGUACUGUCUGUGCUGACUUUUCUCAUUUUAGCAGUUAAGUGUAUUAAGAACAGCAGGGACAGCGGUAGCUGCUGCAUGAGACGGAGCGACUGUGACGACUACAAGAACCCCAACAGAAACCUGCAGAUCCAGCUCAACACUGACGGACCUAUAAAAUAUGUGGAGGUCCUGGGAGGGGACAUGAUGUCUCAGAGCCAGUCCUUCAGGUCCUGUCUCUCUCCCAUGUCAGAGUACAGCGAUUUCACGCUGGUUAAGCCCAGCAGCACCACUGACUUUAAGGAGAUGAUCAGUGUUUUAGACGCGUCUUUGCCAGACAGCACCUGGACCUUUGAGAGCCAGCAGGUGAGCAGAGUCCUGGCUGACCCACUUCAGUACCACAUCGAUGGACAGCGACACUCAGCCAAACAGAGCAGGAUGACAAAGACAGGGGGAUACAGGGAUUGGAGAUGGCGGGCUCUUUGGUGGCAUCAUUUCUUUCUCCUGUGGAGUACAAUAGACGGACAGACUCGCUACACCAUCCCGGAGGAACUAAAGCAGGGCUCUGUGGUAGGAAAUCUAGCCAAAGAUGUGGGUUUGGGUCUAUCGGAGAUGUAUGAGCGUAACCUGCGCGUCGCCUCCGAGGCUGGUAAGCAGUAUUUCAGCGUGGAUGCGGGGAAGGGCGAGCUGGUGGUGAACGAGAGGAUAGACAGAGAGGCUUUAUGCGGACAAAGCGCCAGCUGCGUGCUACCUCUGCAGGUCGUGAUAGAGAACCCGCUGCAGCUGCACCGCAUCGAGGUUGAAAUACGAGACAUCAAUGACAACUCCCCGAGUUUCUUAUCGGAUGAUCUGACUUUAAAAAUACCCGAAUCAGCGGCAGUUGGCACUAGCUUUCCUUUGGAAAGCGCGCAAGACCCGGACGUGGGUAGCAAUUCGCUCAGAUCCUACACUCUGAGCAAAAAUGAAUGUUUCUCUCUCAGAAUGAAAGACAUCGAAGGUGGCAGGGCCGCUCCCCAACUUGUGUUAGAGAAACAGUUGGAUCGAGAGAAAACGGCUGUUCAUAGCCUGUCACUGACGGCGUUAGAUGGAGGCAGUCCAGUAAGAUCUGGAAGUUCGCAAAUAACGAUAAUCGUGCUCGAUAUAAAUGACAAUUUUCCGGUAUUUGAAAAGAGCGUUUAUAAAGUUACCUUGGCGGAAAAAAGUGCAAGAGGUAAUGUAAUUAUCAAACCGACAGCAACAGACGCCGACGAAGGAUCAAACGCUGAGAUCGAGUACUCGUUUGGCUCUCGAACCCCGGCUUCUGUAUUGCAGGUGUUCGAGAUGAAUUCUGUAACGGGGGAAAUCGUGUUAAAGGGCGAUUUAGACUAUGAGACCACUGCUUCAUAUGGCAUUGAUAUAACUGCCAAAGAUAAAGGCAGUCCAGAAAUGGAGGGGCAUUGUCGCGUGCAGGUAGAUGUAAUGGACAUAAACGACAAUGCCCCGGAAAUAGUUCUAACCUCCCAACCGAGCGCCGUGCGUGAAGACGCGCCGAGUGGCACCGUAGUGGCGCUAAUCAGUGUGCGGGACCUCGACUCCGGUGAUAACAGUAAAGUGAGUUUACAACUGCCGAAGGGCUCCCCUUUCAGUCUGAAACCCUCCUUCUCUAAUAAUUACGCGCUGGUUACCAGCGGUGUUUUAGACCGAGAGAGCUUUUCCGAAUAUAAGAUUGAUAUAACGGCCACGGAUGCAGGCUCUCCUCCCCUCAGCAGCAAGAAAACUAUUCCUGUCACCAUCACUGAUGUGAAUGACAACCCUGCUGUAUUCUCUCAGCCCUCCUAUAAUGUUUAUAUAAAAGAGAAUACGCUACCAGGAUCAAUACUUUACUCGGUAUCAGCAUCUGAUCUGGAUUUUGGUGACAACGCCAAGAUCUCCUACUCCAUCCUGGACUCUAAAGUACAGGACGUGUCUGUGUCGUCCUAUGUUUACAUCAACUCUGACAAUGGCAGCAUCUACAGCAUGCACUCGUUUGAUUAUGAGAAACUGAAGGUGUUUCAGAUCCAGGUGCAGGCUAAAGACCGGGGCUCUCCGUCUCUGAGCAGCAACGCCACUGUCCACGUUUUUAUCCUGGACCAGAACGACAAUGCCCCCUCUGUUAUUUACCCCUCCCCCGCUAUUCUGGGGUCACUCUCUCAUCAGAGGAUGCCCCGUUCUGCUAAAGCUGGACAUCUGGUUACCAAGGUAACGGCCGUGGACGCAGACUCGGGCCAUAACGCCUGGAUCUCCUAUAAGUUGUCAGAGGCCACAGACGCCUCUCUGUUCACUGUCAGUCUUUACACAGGGGAGGUGAGGACUAAACGUGCUGUGUCCGAGCAGGACGACUCCUCUCAGAGGCUUCUCAUAGAGAUCAAGGACGACGGAGAACCGGUCCAGUCCGCCACGGUCACAGUGUCUGUUCUCAUUGAGGACGGACUUCAUGAGCCCAUUCUGGAUCUUAGACACAAAGUCAACGAGCCCAGCAAGAAAAGUGGGAGAAUCACCCUGUACUUGAUCCUCUCUCUGGCCGGGGUGUCCGUACUGUCUGUGCUGACUUUUCUCAUUUUAGCAGUUAAGUGUAUUAAGAACAGCAGGGACAGCGGUAGCUGCUGCAUGAGACGGAGCGACUGUGACGACUACAAGAACCCCAACAGAAACCUACAGAUCCAGCUCAACACUGACGGACCUAUAAAAUAUGUGGAGGUCCUGGGAGGGGACAUGAUGUCUCAGAGUCAGUCCUUCAGGUCCUGUCUCUCUCCCAUGUCAGAGUACAGCGAUUUCACCCUGGUUAAGCCCAGCAGCACCACUGACUUUAAGGAGAUGAUCAGUGUUUUAGACGCGUCUUUGCCAGAUAGCACCUGGACCUUUGAGAGCCAGCAGGUGAGCAGUUGUGAGAGGGGUGCUGGUUCAGCCGCAGCUUCCAAUGGGAAGCGGGCCUUUGUGGUCUCUCCCCGCCCAUGA